UUAUUAUACGUGCUAUUACAAUGUUACAAUGUAUCUUGUCAUGUAAUUGAAAGUGUCCACCUCUCGCUACAUUGAUCAGUUACUUGUUUGCAAAUGUGUUACUUUGUUACAAAUAUAGUGUUACUGUUGCUGUCUAGAAUCAAUGUGUCGUUCUAAGAAUCUGUUCUAGAAAAAGCUUGUGCAAUCUGAUUUAUCUGUCCACAUUUUAUUUAGUUGUGUGCUUUUUAUAAGUUAUAUAUGGACCACAAUUAGAAACCUUCCAAUAGAUUUUUUUCUGGUCAGCUUAUUGUCAAGCCAUGUAUAUGGGUUAGGAAUGCCACUGCGCUACGGGGUUUUUUGUUUUGACACUACAAUGUUCUGCUUUGCUUCACCUCACAUGGACCAAGCUGCCUAGCCAUGUGCCGAUGCUUCUCGACUCUCACUGCUCAUUGGUCGAGAAGAGGCUGUGACGCAUUCAUUGCAUAAAUCUGUACUAAGUCCAAGUUUGAGGGCCGUAUGCAGGUCCACGUGAGACUGAAGGAUGCGGAUUUGGUGACCUAGAUUUAGUCUCUUAGACAUGACAGCUCCACAUGUGGGUGGGUUUUGGAAGCGAAUAGUCGUAGCUGGUUAGGUAAUCAUGGCCAGGGCUUCGAGACCAUUAACUACAUUUAGGGCUACAUAGUAUAGUAUAAUAUAUUAAUUUAUGUUGAUUUUGUGUCUGAGCCUCCUGUACACCAAGCAACAGGUUAAUUAUUUUCCUAGCUAGGUUUAUUUAGCCCAUAUUUAAGCAUUUGGUUUAAUAAUGUCAACAUUCUUAUGUAAUAACGUGAUUUAACACCAAUGACUACAAGAAUAACUUUGCUUUUGCCAAAAAAACUAAAAUGCAUAUAUCAUUGUGCCCUGUCAAGCAAAAGAGCAGUAACUGCUCAUAAAUGGAAACUUAGAAAGAUGACUUCAGCGUUUUUUAAUUGUCGAGCCAAAUGAUUUGUAGUCAGAUUGGAGAUGUUAACUGUUGUCUUUUUUUCAGUUUAUUUUGUAUUCAUAUUGACCCUACCUCUGACGUUAUCUGGCAGUUACUGCCUUCUUGCUUGGUACACCCACUGGAAUGACGAUUUUUUACAACGCAAACUUGUGUUUGUGGUUGUCAGUGUCAUAUGGUUUGAUACUUGUUUCAACAAACAACAAUAAAUAAUGCCAAGGUAAACCAUAGUAACUACAGCCCAAAGCUUAGUGAUUCAAGUUUUUUUUUUAAAGCAGUAUCUGAGGUGAGCGAUUGCAUUUACUGCUUUUUUCUUCGGUUUCACUAACUUUUACCAGCCACUGCAAACAUAACGUCCCAUUUUAUCUGAAACACAUUUUGUCCACAUGAUAAAUCAUGUAUUUAAUGUAUCAUAAAUGUCAUUUUUGACAAUUUUUGACAUUUUUGACCGAAUGUCCAGUUACUGCUCUUUUGCUUUGUAGAGGGGAGUAUUAUUCAAUAUAAUAUAUUAUAGAAGAACUGACAAACCCAACCCCAAAAUAAAUGUUACAAAUAACAAACCCAACCCCAAAAUAAAUGUUACAAAUAAUUACAUUUGUAACAUAAGUGCAUACAAAUGAUUACAGAAACACAUUCGUUUUCACAUUACACUGUAGUGUCAUGUUUUGAUGGUACACCAUUAACCCUCUAUGGGGCAACAAACUACCUUUUGGACCUCACACCACCUUUUGAUUUUUUGGGGAUAAAAUAAAUAUUUAUAGUAUCACCUGACAUGUCUGUGUCCAAUGAAAUGAGGGGCUGAAGUGAGUGUGGCCUUUUGUCUGGGGGUGUAGCAGUCCUUUCAGGAAGCAAAGCUGCAUGGGACACAGUGCCACCAAUUGGAGAAUGCCUGUCUGUUGACAAUGAGACUGAGUCUGAGGAUGAAGAUGUAGCAGAGGUUGAUGUUCCACGCCAACCCUGGUGGAGAACACCCCACAAUGCAUACUUCAAUGCUUACCCAGAAUGGCAGGACCUGCUUUCAAGAUCUGAUGAUAUCAUGUGCCCCCUCCAGUACUUCAAGCAGUUUUUCUCUGAAGACAUUCUGGAAGUUAUUGUAGGGCAGUCAAAUCUAUAUGCGGUACAAUGUAAAGCAAACAAGCCCCUUAACCUCACAACAAAAGAAUUGGAGCAGUUCCUGGGUAUUAUGGUGUACAUGUCGUUGUUUGGUUUACCAGGCACCUGCAUGUUUUGGAACAAAGCCUGCCGAGUGUCCCAAGUAGCUGUCACCAUGAUACUAAAUAGAUGGGAGGCCAUCAAAAAAUCCCUGAGGUUGACAGGUGGGAUCUCAAGCGAAAGAUGAUCACCUAAGUCCCCUGCCCUGCUAUGGUGAAGGAAUACAACAAGCAUAUGGGUGGGGUGGAUCUGCUUGACUCACUGAUUGCACUGUACCGGAACAAAAUCCGAUCAAGGAGGUGGUACCACAGGCUGGUGUUCCACUUCCUGGAUAUGAUCAUCGUGACCACCUGGCUGCUCAACUGAAGAGAUUGUAAGGGCACUGGCAUGAGAAAGAAGGAACAAAUGAAGCUGUAUACCUUCAGGUUAUACAUCGCUGAAGGCCUAUGCAAAAGUGGAAAGAGUCUGGAGCGCAAGAAAGGUGGUCCCAGUUCCACUAUUGCUGGUGAGUAUGAGGAGAGGAGGAGGAAAGGACCCGCUGCUCCAAUUCCAGUCCCUGAUGUGCACCUGGAUGCCACAGCCCACCAGAUGAUUAUGGCUGAAAAGAAGGAGAGAUGCAAGGUACCAUGGGUGCACAGGUACACCAAAAUCCAAGUGCCAGAAAUGUGAUGUCCACCUCUGUUUCACAUCCACCAGCAACUGCUUCCUGAGGUUCCACACAGAAUUGGAAAUCAGAGUGUGCUUUGAAUCAGAAACCCACAGAAACACACAUUCAGAAACACUGAAACACACACACUCGCACAUAUAGGCUAUACCCUCCAAACACACCCAUACACACAGUCAUUUGGAUAUUGGUUUAUAUGUUUAUAUGAAAUGUGAGAAACAUUUAUACAUGAGGUGUUAGUUGUAAUUAGUAGUAGUCUGUUUAUUUGUUUCUUGAUGUUUUGACUUUAAAGCUUCUAAUUGUGAUUGGUUGGAACUAUUUGUGGUUGAUGUUUCUCUAAAUAAAACCCGUUCCAAUUCAUAUAUUGCUUCUUUUCCUUGUUCCACUUAUCAUAUGUACUAUAGAAAACUAGACACAUUUUAUGAUGGAUAUAUUAAUAGGGACCCCCAAGCUCCCCAAACAAUUGGGUGAAAUAUUUUUGAGGGUUAAGUAAUUUAGGUCAAAUGGAAGAUAUUUGCGAGUUUGAUUAGGUUUCUGUGUCAUGUAACACACUUUGUCACCCUGUGCCCAAAAGUCUUUAAAUAAAGUAUUUUUGUGAAUAUUUGUGUUUUUGUUCAAAAAUGUUCUUCAAUAAUGGUGACAUAUAUGACCCUGGCUGGGACUGCAGGCCUUGCUGUACUAUUUAGGAUAACUGUAAACACCCAUAGAGUCCGCUUGUUAUGUAACAGUGGUGUAAUUGUAUCGCCAGGCAUGAGGUAGUAAAAACAGGUCAAACAACAGGACGAAUGAACGAAGGGGGGAAACGGUCUGACAUAAGUCCUGCUCUAUAUUGGGAGUGGCAAGGGUAAUCAGGCAGAUGUUUUAAUAAGGUUUUAUGGUUUAUAUUAUGUUUAUAUAUGAUUUAUUAUUUACCUUUGAAAUAGUUGGUCGAUUUCCAUCACUAUUAUAACCUUACUCUGACAUACAAUCGGGUAAAAACUUAGAAUAAUAAUUUGUGUCUCUCUUAGUUGUAACAAAAUAUUACGACAUCAAGAUUAUGACUUCAAUAUUAUGUUUUUGAUAUGACGUAUAUUUGACUUAUAUUCCAAUAACCUUUUGUGUUUUUUUCCUUCUCCCCUCAGGUGGUGUAAUAACUUACAUCUCUUCUGGCUUCGCCUCCAGCCCGGAGUCCUGUUUGAGUGACAGCUGCAGCAGCUACCUGUGCUCCUCUCCGCCUCAUCCCUCACUGCCAAGCCGGGCAGUAGGAAUCAUGGUGGACAUCGCCCGCGCUACAACAGCCAAGCACCCACGUAGCCACGGCACAGAGAAGACUGGGCGAUCUACCUCCGCCAAGAGCAGCAUCACCAAGAUCAACGGCAUGGUGUUGUUGUGUAAGGUGUGCGGCGACGUGGCCUCAGGGUUCCACUAUGGCGUCCACUCCUGCGAGGGCUGUAAGGGUUUCUUCAGGAGGAGCAUCCAGCAUAGCAUCCGGUAUAAGAAGUGUCUGAAGAUGGAGAACUGCACCGUCAUAAGGAUCAACAGGAACCGCUGUCAGCAGUGCCGCUUCAAGAAGUGUCUGACUGUGGGCAUGUCUAGAGACUCUGUUAGGUUUGGCCGCAUCCCGAAGAGAGAGAAGCAGCGCAUGCUGUUGGAGAUGCAGAACGCCAUGAACAACAUGGUGAUGAACAACAACAGCCAGCUCCACAGUAUGCUCCACGGCACCCAGAGUCCACCCUGCCCCAUGGAAGGGCUCCCCAAUGACGGCAGCUCCUCUUCCUCGUCUUCCUCAUCUAUCUCGUCUUCAUCAGACUCCAACCCUUCCUCACCCCGUUCCGUUCAAGACUCCAUGGAGACCAGCUCUAGCUCCGCCUCUUCCUAUUCGUCGGAUAGCGGUGAUGACGAGGUUCCUCCUUCCAGGGUGUGUCAUCGGGGCACAUUCACGUACCGCCUUGAACAGCAACACCCCAUCAAAGAGGAAGUGGAGGAUUCGCCUUCGCAGGUCGCCGGGGAAACUGUAAAAGAUAGGAGAGACAGCCGCAUGGAGGAACUGCAGGAGAGCCGGAACCGCUGCAACGAAGACACCAGGGGUUGCCAGCCUAGUUGCAGUCAUCAACACGUCACCAACGUUCCCUACCGGGAAGAGAGAGUUGUUUACCAGCAGCAGCCUGCGCAGCUAAACUGCGGCCCCAGUGGUGGCAUGCCAGAAGCCUCCUACAGCCUCCAUCACAGGAGCCACAACACAAUGCACAACGUACAGACCGUCUCCAAUGGUUACAGUGGACCAUCAUACAGCCUACAGGACCACAAGACAAACUUGGUCAUUCCUGGUCUCUAUGUGGACCCCAGUCAGCGCAGCCAGGAGAUCUGGGAGGAGUUCUCCCUGAGUUUCAUCCCGGCCGUGCGCGAGGUUGUGGGGUUUGCCAAGAGGAUCCCGGGCUUCCGAGACCUCCCCGAGUACGACCAAGUCAGCCUGCUCAAAAACGGAACGUUUGAGGUGCUUAUGGUGCGCUUUGCUUCAUUGUUCGACGUGUCCGAGCGCACCGUGACCUUCCUGACGGGGAAGUGUUACAGCUUGGAGCUGCUGCGCUCGCUGCGGGCCGGGGAGCUGCUCACCUCCAUGUGUGACUUCAGCGAGAAGCUGGCCGCUCUGCAGCUGGACAAGGAUGAGAUGAGCCUCUUCAUUGCCGUCGUCCUCGUCUCCGCCGAUCGUUCGGGGAUCCAGGACUUGAAGUCAGUGGAGGCGCUGCAGGACACGCUGAUCAGAGCGCUGCGGAGUCUGAUCAUGAAGAACCACGCCAAGGAGACUACCACCUUCACCAAGCUGCUGCUGAAGCUGCCUGAGCUGCGCUCCCUCAACAACAUACACUCUGAAGAACUGCUGGCCUUCAAAGUGCAUUCGUAAUGAGGCACUCACAAUAGGGCUCAUUUGACUCCUAAUACCCUCCUUCCACACUUUGAAACCAGGACUGGCCUCCUCUGUCACUCCUAUACCAGGACCAAGGGGAGACCUUGGUUUGCAGACAACCAACUCAGUGUAUUUCUCCAGAAUGUAUUGAGAAGUUCUUCUUUUGGACUAUGUUGAUAGGGACAAAGGUCAGAGAAGAGACGAUACUGUACUCUAGUCAUAGGAGAAGGCUUGGGAACUGAGCUAUUGCACAGACACUGUGUGAGAGGCUUGUUGUUUUACCAAGUUAGAGGCACCUUUCCUUUCUAUUUUUAAAUUUAACAGAUGAAGAAAUACUAUACCGGCUUUUUGAAAUGAUGAAGUGCAGAACUACUUGGUUUUGUUUGGUAAAUUCAAUGAAUUCCAAAGUGUGUUGCUCACGAGCAGUGUGAAUGUGAUGAUUAUGCUAUCUAUUGGAUGUUUCAUUCGACACGCAAUAUCAAAUGGUCACUGUUUUCGACCCAAUAUGUUUGAAAAAAUCCCUCAAGACUCAAUGUAAGCAUCUAUC